AUGCCAGAAAAUGCUCCACCAGACUCCCUCUCGACGUGCCACCCAGCCAUAACCUCCUCCUUGUCUCGUUACCGUUGCCUAUACCAGUGCGGACCGACUGACAAAGUCGAACUCGAGCUCAUCAUGUCGACCGAGAAGGAAGGCACUGAGGUGCACCACGACAUCUCCAACGACAACCGCGCCUCUCACGAAAUCCAGUACCCUGUUGUCGCCGAGGGCACUGGCAAGACAUUGGACGAGGCUCACGGUGCCAAGGCCAAGGAAGUGCACAAUGCCGAGUUCUUCGCCGCUGUUCAGGAGUCCAAGAUCGAGAGAUGGAGCAAGAACUCCCUCAAGCUAUACUUUGCCGUCUUCAUCGCAUUCUGCUGCGCCUGUGCCAACGGGUAUGAUGGUUCCCUGAUGGGCGCCAUCAUCGCCAUGAAACCCUUCCAGGCCACCUUCGACACUGGGUUGACUGGCGAGAAGAUCGCCAUCAUCACCUCGCUUUACAGCGUGGGCUCCAUCAUCACCGCUCCCGCCGCCGCCGCCAUUUCCGAUCGCUUUGGACGCCGAAUUGCCAUGUUCACAGGAGGUUGUGUCAUCAUUGUUGGCGCCGUCAUCGCUUGCACCUCGAGCACCAUCGCUCAACUCACCGUUGGUCGUUUCAUUCUCGGUGCUGGCAUCGCAAUCAUGACUGUGGGCGCCCCGGCCUAUUGCAUCGAAAUCGCUCCCGCUCAUUGGCGAGGACGCUGCGUCGGCUUCUACAACUGUGGGUGGUUUGGCGGCUCCAUCCCCGCGGCCUUUGUCACCUUCGGUACCAGCUAUAUCAAGAACGACUGGUCGUGGAGAAUUCCCUUGCUCCUCCAGUGCUUCGCCUGUAUCAUUGUCCUCUUCUCCGUCUUCUUCUUGCCAGAAUCCCCACGUUUCCAGAUGGCCAAUGGCAAGGAGGAGGAAGCCAUCGCCUUCCUGGUCAAGUACCACGGCAACGGAGACCCAUCGUCCCGACUGGUCAUGCUCGAGAUUGAGGAGAUGAAGGAGGGUAUCCGCCAGGAUGGCGUUGACAAGGUCUGGUGGGACUACCGCUCGCUGAUCUCCGAGCACAAUGGCCGCUGGAGGUUCCUGCAAGUCAUCAUGAUGAGCACCUUCGGUCAGUUCUCUGGAAACGGUCUCGGCUACUUCAACCCCACCAUCUUUGCUGGAAUCGGUAUCACGUCUACGGCUCAGCAGCUCGGCUUCAACGUCCUGAACAGCUGCCUGUCGGCCAUCGGCGCCGGUGUUGGUGUGUCUCUUAGCGACAAGAUGAUGCGCCGCCCGGUCCUGAUUUUCGGUACCUUCGCUUGUGCCUGCCUGCUCGCUAUCAACGGUGGAACGUCAGCCGUGGUGAACCAGCACACUGUCGACGACGAGCUCAACCCAGCCUACCUCUCGUUCGGACAGACCGCGCUUGCCUUCUACUUCCUUUUCAACGUCGUUUACUCCUUCACCUACACGCCUCUCCAGGGUAUCAUCCCCGCCGAGGCUCUGGACACCAACCGUCGCGCCAAGGGUCUUGCUGCCUCCGGCAUCAUUGUCGGCAUUUUCGGCUUCAUCAACCAGUUCUGCGGGCCUAUUGCACUGGGCACCAUUGGCUACAAGUACAUCUUCAUUUUCGUCGGUUGGGAUAUUAUUGAGGCCCUCCUGUGGUACCUCUUCUGCGUCGAGUCCCAAGGCCGAACCCUCGAGCAACUCGAGUGGGUGUACAACCAGCCCAAGCCUGUCAAGGCUUCUCAACAAGUCGAGAAGGUGGUUGUUCAGGCCGACGGGAAGGUCACGGAGAAGAUUAUUGAUACCUCGGCCUGA